UGUUACAUUACAAAAACAAGUAGAGGGUGAGGCUGUUACAGUGAAAGAAGAAGAUAAAGACGUUUCAGUGAAAGAAGAGGAAGAUGCGUUCAGAGUGAAAGAGGAGGAGAGGGAGGAAGGAAAAGAGGCGGAUGGGGAGAUGACUGUCACAUCGAAAAAGGAGGAGGAGGAGGAAACUGGAUAUCUGGGCCCGGUUUCCCAAACGCAUCUUAAGGCAUCCAAUGGUUCUAACGGUGAACUUGGCAAUAAGAUGGUUUUGAGAAACCGUUCCCUGAUUAACACUAGAGAGAGACGUGACUAUUGUGGAUCCUCUGGGGAGCCUCAACAACAUCAUGAUGCUGACAAGGCAGAGAAGAGUCUCUCCAGAUCAGAACACCAGCAGAGAUCUACAGGGAAGAGAACUCACUGCUGCUCUGACUGUGGGAAGAGAUUCACCUCCUCAUCAGGCAUUCAAAUUCAUCAGAGAAUCCACACAGGAGAGAAACUGUUUAGCUGUGAUCAAUGUGGGAAGAGUUUUGCUCAGCUAAGCAGCCUGAUAUCACACCAGAAAACACACACAGGAGAGAAACCGUACAGCUGUGAUGAAUGUAGGAAGAGUUUUACUAGUUCUAGCAAUCUGACUCUACACCAGAAAAUACACACAGGAGAGAAACCAUAUAGCUGUGAUCAAUGUGGGAAGAGUUUUACUAGGCUUAGCAGCCUGAUAUCACACCAGAGAACACACACAGGAGAGAAACCUUAUAGCUGUAUUGAAUGUGGGAAGAGUUUUACUCAGCUAAGCAGCCUGAUAUCACACCAGAGAACACAUACAGGAGAGAAACCUUAUAGCUGUGAUGAAUGUGGGAAGAUCUUUACUAGGUCUAGCUAUCUGAUUCUACACAAGAGAAUACAUACAGGAGAGAAACCUUUCAUCUGUACUCAAUGUGAGAAGAGUUUUACUCAGCUAAGCAACCUGAUAUCACACCAGAGAACACACACAGGAGAUAAACCCUAUAUAUGUGAUCAAUGUGGGAAGAGUUUUGUUCAAUUAAGCCACCUGAAGAUACACCAGAGAACACACACAGGAGAGAAGCCUUUUAGCUGUACCCAAUGUAGGAAGAGUUUUGUUCAAUCUGGUGAUCUGACAGUACACCAGAGAACACACACAGGAGAGAAACCUUAUGGCUGUAAUCAAUGUGUGAAGAGUUUUGUUACAUCUAGCCUUCUGACAGUACACCAGAGAACACACACAGGAGAGAAACCAUACAGCUGUAAUCAAUGUGGAAAGAGUUUUGUUUCAUCUACGGGUCUGACAGUACACCAGAGAACACACACAGGAGAGAAACCUUAUGGCUGUAAUCAAUGUGUGAAGAGUUUUGCUACAUCUGGGCAGCUGACUAUACACCAGAGAACACACACAGAAUAUAAAUCUUAUAGCUCUAACUGAUGUGGGAAGAGUUUUCCUCAGUUAAACAGCCUGGCACAGAACACACACAGGAGAGAAAUAUCUUAGCUGUAAUCAAUGUGGGAAGAGAUACUCUGAUAAAAGUUCGAUCAAACAUCAGAAAAUGAUCAAACAUCAGAAAAUACAUGGAGUUCAUGUCACAAUGUAGAAUUUUUUAACAUUGUAGUAGGAGUAUUUUAAUGAUGUCACAAUGUAGAACCCUAAACGUUUGCCCCCUGUUCUAUUGAUUUAAACUUGUAGCUGACUGUAUUCUACAGGUUGUCCUCUAACCAGUGUGGUAAGAGAUCUUUUUUUAUUUGUGUUAGUUUCAACAGCACAUACAACCCCCCCCCCAAUCAAUAUCAGUGAUUUAUUGCUACUUGUCAAAACAACAGCGUUUUUGGUGCAGUUUAUAAGCUGCUUGUUUAAAAAAUACAAGUAAUAUGAUUAUUGUGGCAGAUGUUUGUGUAUAUAGCACAUUUUAUGUUUAGGUUUUCAAUUUAUCCUAAACUGUUUCUGCAUAUUGGUUAUUGAUUUAGACACGUUAAAACUGUGUUUUGACAUCGGGCUAUCCCACCUAGCAAAAUGUAAUUGAAAAUAUGUUGAAAAGAAGACUAUGCCCGAUGUCCAAUAUACGUUCGGUUGAAAGUGAAAGUUUAAAAUAUGUAUUUUCGGGUAGUUUUUUCAGUGACUUGAAAAUAACUUAGUCAUUGUACGGAACAAUGGGUUAACUGCCUUGUUCAGGUGCAGAACGACAGAUUUUUACCUUGUCAGCUCGCUUGUUAAAAUAAAUAAAUACACAUGGACGCAGUAUAAUAAAUUGGUCUAUAAUCAAUUUUAUUAACAAUCUUACAUCACUCCAGUAUUUCUUGACAACAUUCAAGUGCUAAUUGUCUUUAUUCCACUACUGAAGAAGCAUGACUCAAAUGACCUCAUAUUUCAAACAUUCAGCCUGACAAAAGAUACAUGUUUUAUUAUUCCAUGCCUCACCAUUAAGUUCAUUAUUGCCAAUACAUAUUAACAAAGGGGUGUACAUUUGGUUUUGAUAUUUACAAUUAUGUAACAUUUAGUAAUCCUAGUUAUUCAUGCAACAAACGAUAUUUUGAGGUACAAUUAUAUUGACAUUGUUACCCUGCUUUUAUAUCCAACGACAUGCCUAUCGAGUGAACCCUGAGAAGAGAGAGAAGCUCCACAGUACCACUGUGGUAAGGACAACUUGGUUGCUGUUUAUCUCAAGGGUUGGCAGUCAAAAAUAUUUGUGUUUUGCGUUUAGCCAGUGCGUUACCAUGGAUCACAAUUUAGUUUGACUGCAUGCUUUUCCGUAUUGGAGAUGACUUUUGUUUGGGCUCGUUCAAGGGGACGCGAGUUCUAAAAGCUAGUGAGUUUUAGGAAGACGAGAGUUCUAGAAGCUAGUGAAUUUUUGGAACACGAGAGUUUUAGAAAGAAAAAUGAGAAAAAAAUAAUACGAUUGUAUAUUAUUAUUUAGAAAUGUGUUUUUAAUUGUUGACGCUCAGUAGACACCAUGUUUAUAUUGUAGAAGGUGAAACAUUGUAGAUGAUUAUGUGAAAUGGAUUAUUAUUAUUUGACCCUGCUGGUCGUCUAUGAACAUUUGAACAUCUUGGCCAUGUUCUGUUAUAAUCUCAACCCUGCACGGCCAGAAGAGGACUGGCCACCCCUCAGAGCCUGGUUCCUCUCUUGGUUUCUUCCUAGGUUCUGGUCUUUCUAGGAUGUUUUUCCUAGCCUCUGCGCUUCUACACCUGCAUUGCUUGCUGUUUGGGGUUUUAGAUUGGGUUUCUUUACAGCACUCUGUGACAUCAGCUGAUGUAAGAAGGGCUAUAUAAAUACGAUUGAUUGAUUGUACAACAAUGCAUUCACCUGAAAUGUGUCUUGGGUGCACAUAUUGGUGUCACCUCAUUAGUCAGUAUCUGUUUCACCUGUGCUGGCUUGUCCAUCUCGUUAGUGGGAAGGUGUUUCACCUGAGCUUGUCCAUGUUCUAUUUAAGAGUGUCUGGCCCAGUGCUCCAGUUGUUUUGAUAGAUGUGGAGUCUCCACCUUUUUGGUUUGCUUCCUGGCUGUAAGUUUAGUGUGUUUUUCUUUUUGUUUUCCUCUUCUUGGGAAGAUUUAGUGGGUCUCAUGGUGGGUGUCUUUUAGGUCCCAGUUGUUACAAGUCAACUUCCAGUGGACACCCCCAUAGUGUCUUUCAGAACCCCUCCUAAAACCUGUUUAGUUGUUGUUAGUUCCCUCUUCUAUUUAAUUGACUUUUCAGGUUUUCUUGUUGGGGAACGUAACAACAAACAAUGUAUUAAAACAAUCUUAGAUUUUGGGUUGGAUGUUGCGUCCAAUUGUUAAUAUUUUAAUCAAUUGCAUUUCCUUAGAAUACUCAUUCGUCUUUCAGUUGUUAAUCUUCUGUUUUUUAUCCUUUUAUGUUGUGUACUGAAUAUUUCAGUUUUAUUUUUAUUAGUUUUUCUCCUGUGAAGCCAUUGUGUUGCAUCCAUGUCUGAAAUGUGCUUUAUAAAUAAAGCUUGAUUUGAACAAAACUUA